CAGAUUUGAACCUACCUGCCUUCAAACUGGUCACCAUGAUGAAACUUAGACACAAAAAUAAAAAGCCAGGUAAAGGUUCCAAAGGCUUUAAGAAGGUAAGUUGGCUUCAGCCUGCAAAGCAGAAUUGGAAGAAAGCAGUCUGCAAAGUAACCUCCACUCCCCAACUUGUUUACUCCAGUGAUCAUGCCAAUCGGGAGAGAGAAUUAAAGCAAAAAAGAGUGGAGGAGAUGAGAGAGAAGCAACAGACUGCCCGGGAGCAAGAGAGACACAGACGCAGAACCCUUGAGAACUACUGUCAGGAUGUCUUGAAACGCCAGGAGGAAUUUGAGCGUAAAGAGGAAGUUUUGCAGGAAUUAAAUAUGUUUCCUCAGCUGGAUGAUGAAGCCACAAGGAAGGCUUAUUAUAAGGAGUUCCAUAAGGUAGUGGAAUACUCUGAUGUGAUUCUGGAAGUCCUGGAUGCCAGAGACCCCCUGGGCUGCCGCUGCUUCCAAAUGGAGGAGGCUGUCCUGCGGGCAGAGGGCAACAAGAAGCUGGUCUUGGUCUUGAACAAAAUUGACCUGGUCCCCAAGGAGGUUGUGGAAAAGUGGCUGGAUUACCUUCGGAGUGAGCUGCCAACUGUGGCUUUCAAGGCCAGUACGCAGUAUCAGAUUAAAAACCUGAACCGUUGCAGUGUACCAGUAGAGCAGGCCUCUGAGUCGCUGCUGAAAAGCAAGGCCUGUUUUGGAGCUGAAAACCUCAUGAGGGUUCUGGGGAACUAUUGUCGCCUUGGUGAUGUACACACCCACAUCCGCGUGGGGGUUGUGGGCCUUCCCAAUGUUGGAAAGAGCAGCCUGAUUAAUAGUCUGAAGCGGAGCCGUGCAUGCAGUGUGGGAGCCGUUCCUGGAGUCACCAAGUUCAUGCAGGAGGUCUACCUGGACAAGUUCAUUCGGCUACUGGAUGCUCCAGGCAUUGUCCCAGGACCCAACUCAGAGGUGGGCACCAUCUUGCGCAACUGCAUCCAUAUACAGAAGCUAAUAGACCCAGUGACCCCAGUGGAGACUAUCUUGCAGCGCUGCAACAUGGAGGAGAUUUCCAACUAUUAUGGCAUCUCUGGGUUCCAGACCACUGAGCACUUUCUGACUGCAGUGGCCCGCCGUUUGGGAAAGAAGAAGAAGGGAGGCAUAUACAGUCAGGAACAGGCAGCCAAAGCUGUCCUGGCUGACUGGGUGAGCGGGAAGAUCACCUUCUAUACACUACCACCACCCACUCACACUUUGCCUACCCAUCUCAGUGCAGAGAUUGUUAAGGAGAUGACAGAAGUCUUUGACAUUGAAGACACUGAACAGGCCAAUGAAGACACCAUGGAAUGCUUGGCCACUGGAGAAUCUGAUGAGCUGUUGGGUGACAUAGAGCCGCUAAAAAUGGAGGUCAAGUGGUUCCAUUCUCCGAUGAUGAAAACAGCAGGUGCCAUUGAAAAUAAAACCGUCAUGUAUAAGAUUGGCAGUGUUACUAGAUAUUGUACUAAUCCACAUCUGCAUCAGGUAGAGUGGGCUAAACACAAUGUUGACCACCACCCCAAGAAUUACAGCAUGGCUGAUAGCUGCUCAGUGGACCGCCGCCCAGUGCUUCAGAGGAUCAUGGAGAUGGACCCUCUGCAGCAGGGCCAUGCUCUGUCAUGUGCCUUGAAGAAGAAGAAGAAGAUGCAGAAACGUACAGAUAAAAUGGCCAGCAAGCUGUGUGAUUCCAUGAUGUCUGCCCUUGACCUCUCUGGCAACGCUGAUGACAGUGCUGGUGACUGAUCUCAC